GCCAUGUUGGCAGAAAUGGGUCUGCUUUAUGAGAGCCUUUCUAAGCCUUGCACCGCUGGCAAAGCAAUAAGAGUGAUCUCUCACUGCGACUUGCUUUCCUUAACAACCAAAAUGGCUGACACUGAGGGAGAGACACUAGAAACUAUGGAACAGUCACCAGGAGAGACAGAAGAAGAUAAGACAUCUGCAGUUACAGAGCAAAAGUCAGAAGAAGAGCCUAUAGCUUUGGAUGAGAAGCCAGAGUCAGUUGAUUUGCCUCCUGCCAGUGAUGAAGGAGAUGCUCAAACAACAGAGGAGCCAGGAGUCACUGGAGCAGAAACAUCCUCACCAAAUGGUGAAAGUGAAGUAACAGGCCAUGAUGAAUCUGUUGGAGAUAAAACUGCCACUGACUUAGAAGUAGAAGAGAAGAAAGGUGGAGAAGAAGAUGAAAAGGGAGAACAAUCAGAAAGAAAAGAUGAUGAAGAAGAAAAGAAAGAAGAGGAAGUUGGUCAAUCUGUAAGAGAAGAUGACAAUGAAGAUGAAAAACCAGAGGAAGAAGAUAACAAGGAUUUAGGUAAUGAAGAAGUGGAGACAUCAGGUGAUGCGCAAGUCGAUGAAGGAAGAGAAGAGGAGUCAAAAUCCCCUCUUCCACAGACUGACUCAUUUGCUGAGGGUGAGCGACCAGAAAGUCGGGAAGCAAUUCAUGUUGGGGAGAAACUGUCACGUGAGCCAACACCAACAAAACAUAUUUAUGAAGAAAGCAUUUUACCUGAAAUACUUCGCCCAGGCACUCCAGAAAGAAAAGGACCGGAAACACCUUCCUUUCACGCAGAAGAGGAAGAAAAGGCUGAACAUUAUGAAGAGAAGUUUGACAGAGAACCCCUGAUUGAGAGAUACCAUAUGGCGCUAGCAGAUCGAGAGCAACUGCUGCAACAGAAUUAUUACCUGCAAAAUAAGAUAGCAGAAUAUUUCCGCAAGAAGAAAAGUGAUGAACGACAAGACUAUGAAAAGAACGUUACAGAUCAAGAACAGAGAUACCUGAAGUAUAUGGCCCAGCUUGACGAACUCCAACAGCAGUAUAGGACAGAAAAGGAUAGAUAUGAGCAGCAGAUAGAAGACUUAAAGACACGCUGUGAAGAAAAACAGAAGCAUGUAGAUGCAGAACACACUCGCUUUGCAGAGUUUAAAAAACAAGUUGCACUUAAUGCCAUAAAUAGUCGUUCUGGAAAACCAAUUCCACCUAAGGACAUUGAGCAGUUCCUGGUUAAUGAAAAUAAGAAAGAGCAGGAGGUUGUUAACGUGAGACUGGAGAACAUCAAACUAAAGAAUAAACUCAAGAAGAAGGAACAGCAGCUGAAGUCCAAGGAGGAGCUUGCCGAGGGACUUCAUCUCAUAGACUUUGAACAACUCAAGAUUGAAAACCAGACCUAUAACGAAAAAAUCGAGGAGCGAAAUGAAGAGCUCCUUAAGCUGCGGAAGAAAAUUACCAGCACUGUGCAGGUUCUGACACACCUGAAGGAGAAGCUUCAGUAUGUGCAGGGGGAGAACCACAUACAAAAGGCCAACCUCAUGGAAGUAGAGGCUCAAGCAGCACAGAAACGAGAUAUUCUGUCGCGGACCAAGCAGGCCAGAGAUGCCCUACGCAUUGACAACGUAAAGAUGCGACAGAGCUGCGGGCUGCUGGGCAACGAGCAGCUGCUCAGGGACUUCCAGGAUCGCAAGGACGAGGGAGAGGAGCUGCAGACCAAACUGAACCGCCUCAAAGUGCAUCAUGCUGAGCUGACGCUCAACAGCAGCCACGUACGACGUAAGAUUGACCAGGUGCGCGCAGAUCGCGAAGAGGGGGACGACUAAAUCGGCUAAGAGUGCUGCAGGGAGUAGUGGGGAGGGGUGAAAUGGGGUUGGCGAAGGUGUCACAAUGACAGCAACACAGCAGACUGUUUUCUCUGUGUCAACAUCACGUCCUUUCUACAGGUUUUUGUAUAUCCACUACGUAAAGUGUUUUAUUUGAAUAUUAGGUGAGUACGUGCUUUGCGAACAUGGAGGGUUUGGAAACCACGCAUACCUUCAGCAAAUAAAAAAAAGAACUAAACAAAAAACAGAACUUGAUUAAAUUCCUUGCAAUGUGUCUUACAAUAAAGUCAGUGUUUGUACAGAAACAAAA